AUGUCCGAAAAUAUCAUGAGUCCCGAGACUGCUUCGCCGUCUUUCGGCGAGCGACGUGGUCAUCAACUCACACCACUCAAGACAAACUUGGGCGACCCCACGGCGUCCAGCAAAUCCAAUGUCAAAGUGCAACGUCCACGUCCAUCAGACUAUCCUAGCACCAAUGGUUCUGAGGGGCCGGUUCCUCUCCAGAGUCCAGUACGUCGCCAAACCUCAAAAUCAAGCCUACGCAGUUUGUUCAGUCGCGACAAGUCAUCCCGCACUGCCGCGGUAGCCCCCGAUACCAAGUUGACCGAGAUCGAAGAGUCCCAACCGGUCCCAACACAGACAAUUCCAGUCUCAGAGAUGCCCUUGUCACCGGGUUUGACCAGUCCGAAUACCACAACCCCGACAACCCCAACUGCGAUUACAUCGCCGACGACACCCCGGGCUCGAACAACAUUAAAAACAUCUCGGCCUCGGCGCGCGGAAACUAAUCCAGUAUCUUCAAAGGAAAAGGAGCAAUAUGGCUGGAAACCACCACCUUUAUUCCAAGCGUACCCACAAUCGUAUAAACAUGAAACACUCACUGUGCCGGCAAUGUCGGCCGAGUCCAUUCUGCGCCUUCAUGCGACAACUGGGAGAACCGUAGUGGAGGAUGGCCGGAAUCAAAUGGGUUCAGAUGAAGCCAAGAAAAAAGAGCAAAAGGAACGAAAACAUCUUCGGACCCUUUCAGGUACUAUUAAUAAGGUGGAUUGGACACAGAAGAUCUAUGUGCUCGCCACUGCUGGGUAUCUUCUCCAAUAUGCAGGCGAAGGGAAACACGAUCGAUUGCCGGAGAAGAUGCUGCAAUUGGGACCCAAAUCAGUAGCAUUUGCUAGUGAUGCAAUUCCAGGAAAGCAUUGGGUAGUGCAGGUUUCUCAAAAUCCAGACGCAGAGUCCGUUCCAGACCAUCCAGAGCCAGCGAAGCCAAAGUUCGCAUCGCGAUUUGGAUUCCAUCGAUCCAAUCCACGUCGAUUAGCUCGCAGUUUCCUUUUAGUCUUUGAUAAUCCAGACUCCAUGAUCGCAUGGUUGAUGGCCGUCCGUGCUGAGAUUGAAAGCCGAGGUGGACCCAAAUUCGCCGCGGAAAACCAUUCCGAUGAUGACGAGGCGCCUCACCAGCUUCGAUCCAAGUCGAGUGUUCGGCAAAUGGUGAAGAAGGAUCCCCACCGUAUCUCAAGCUUGUUUCUUCAACCUCAAGCUCUCCAAUCUCCAGAUGAGGAAGAAGAUGGCCAUUCAGUGGGUGGCAUGACCUGGCAGUCACGGCGCAGUUCGUAUGUAUCUGUCGGCCAUCGCUCAACGGUCGAAUCGAGAGCUGGUUCUGUCUCCACUGGUCGUAUGGAAGCUACUACUCCUGCACACGGCAUGGAUGGCUCCUCAUCAUUUAGCUCGGCGAACUUUCCUGCCUCGCCGCCUCUGGGAAGUGGCGCUGGGGUACUUGAAGAACUGUCAAAGGCAGAGAUGGAUCCGGUGUUAGCUCGCAGCCCACCUACUUCUGGCCAGGGCAAACGACAAUCUUGGUGUGAACCCGCGCAUUUCCAGGGUAUCCCUGUACCGACUCGUCUGGAAACCUCUCACCCCAAUCAGGUUCAAUCCGGUAUCCCGGAAAGUUUGGUGCGAUGUGCUUCCCCUCCUGCUCCAAACUUUAGUGUGCCUUCAUUUAGCAAGAAGUUUACACCAAGACAAGGCACUUCAAUCUCACAAGCCUCUUCUCCUCCAUCCUCUGUCGCGGGAGUUCUCCGUCGAGGUGACAGUACGAGCAAUUUCAGCCUCGCCAGUAUCUCAUCUCCCCCACAGUCCCCGACAUAUAGUAGUACAAGCUCGCGCUAUGGAGAUUCGUCCGAGCAACCAUAUGCUUCUCUGGACGGCACACGACGCGUGUUGCGUCCUUCCAACUCAGAAGAUGCGUUAUCGAGAAUGGCUCGUUCAGCACACGGCGGUAAUGCAUUCGCGCGUGUACCCCGGCAGACUGGCCCUUCUGACAGCAGUCCUCCGGCAUCUCGUCCUCUCAGCUUGGUCGGUCGGUCUGGCCUAGGUAUUCAUACCACCAAUGAAUUACAUGCGGUGCAGAACCUUCCCCCGUUGGAGCCAACGCUACGAACCAGGGUCUCUACCGCUCAGUCAGAUUACCAGAAUGCACAAAACAUGUCUCGCCGAAAGAGCAUGCCCGGGCUCAGUCUUGGACCUCCUGUUGCUCCCCCUCCCAAUUGCCCGCUUCCUAAGAUUCCAUCACUCAUUUCUGCGCAGGCGCCGCCUCCAUGGGCUACAAGCCCUCCUGCUCCAGCGGACCGGUUUUAUCAAUCGUAUCAAGUUCGUGAACAGCUACAGGACCGACGAAAGAGUGUUCUUCCUCCUGCGACGUCCAUACCGCAAAGUGGCCCAAAAACAGCUGCCAGGCAGCUCAGAAUGAUCUAA